GGAAUCCGACCUAGCCCAGCCCAACCCGUCUCGGAACGACAACCCAGAUCCAAGGCACAGCCCAAGUCUUCUACACCACCCCCUUCUCCCGUCAAUUCAUUCUAAGAAUAUCGUCGAUUCACCACUCUUGUUACUUGACUUUAAAACCCCCGGAACGUCCCCCCGAACUUGGUCCCCUUCUCUCUUCUUUCCUUUUCAAGAUGUCAUCUGCCGCCCAAGACGAAUUCAAUCAACUCGUCCAAAACAAUCGAGACCGGUUCUCGACCCAUCCUGAAGACCGCGAUAACCGCUCCGAACGAGACGACUCCGACCAUUCCUCCGACGACCACGAUCACGACCACGACCACCCUCACUUCUCCGACGAAGACGACAACGACGACGACGACCUCCAUUCUAAAAGAUCUUCUGCCAUGCACUCCCGCAACGCUAGUACCUACAAGAUCCCUAACACUACCUACGAUGCCAACACGGGCCCCAAGGGCGUCAUCGCCGACGCCCAGGCGUUCGAGCGCGCCCGCAAAUCCUCCUUCCGUCGCACACUGCUGAGCGUUGCCGGCAUUGACCGGCCCCACUACUCGAUGAAGUCAGUCACGGAUGAUGCCACACUGCUGCAGAACUCGUCUCCUCCAGACGGGUCGUCGGCCAGCGAUGACGAGGAGAGCUUUCUGCGGCAUUGGCGCACAUCGCGCAUGCAGGAGAUGCAGGCCCGUACGGCUCGCAAGCCAAGUCCUCGCCGCCGACUGUAUGGGUCCGUCGACCAUGUAGACGCUGUGGGGUAUCUGGAUGCCAUUGAGAAGGUUACCUCUGGGACCGUAGUGGUGGUGUGCGUGUAUGAUCCGGAUUCCACCCCCAGUGCUCUCGUCGAAGACUGCCUGAACACCAUUGCUCGUCGCCAACCCACCGUCCACUUCAUCAAGCUGCACCACGAGAUUGCGGAGAUGGAUCACAUUGAGGCCCCGGCGCUUCUGGCCUACCGCGACGGAGAUGUCUUCGCCACAAUUGUCGAGAUCAUGCGCCAGAUCCCCAAGGGCCGAAGCCUCAGCGCCGAUAGUCUCGAGGACCUAUUGAAGAUGUAUGUUUACAUCCCUCUUCUAUUCUCUUCUAUCCUGAGAGAAAAAAGACAUUCAAUGCCAACCACCAAUUGAAAUUCAUAGGCACCGCAUCCUUUAAGUGAACCCACCAACCAACUUUCCGGAUCCGAUUUAAUCCUCAAGCUACGCUUCACACGUCCCGGUCACCAACCUCC